AUGGCUAAUUCAUAUUUUGGAAUAUUAUCCAGUUUUAACCACGAUAUACAGGAGUGGAAAACUUAUAAAAGCCGAAUAAAUCAGUGGUUCUUGGCAAAUGAAAUUAAUAACACGACGGAUCCGAGCGGGAAAAAGAGAAGAGCAAUUUUGCUAAGUGCACUCUCGGAGGGUACCUAUAGGCUCGCUGAGAAUUUAGCCUUACCCAAGGAUGUGCAGGAGGUGCCCUACGAAGACAUCCUACGAUUCUUCGACAUCCAUUUUAACCCGAAGAUUGUCGGUUUCACGGAACGACACAACUUCUAUGCAGCAUCGCAGCAACCCGGUGAAACACAUUCACAGUGGGCCGCGAGACUGCGCGGUCUUACGUCACGCUGCGCUUUCCAUGAUAUCGAAGAGGCCCUACGAGACCGGUUUAUUAUGGGAAUGAUGCCUAGUCUUGAGAAAGAGAAACUUUACGCCCAAGAUAUUACAAAUCUAACUCUCACGAAAGCUGUAGAAUUUGCUGAAAACGUCCGUUGUGCGAAAUCAGCUGCAAUCGCCAGUGCCAGUACAGCCGACGCGUCCGCAGCUUCUACCAGCGCGUUGUACAAGAUUAGAUCAAGAGGUAAAGGUGCAAGAAGUGUAAAAAGUGAUCUUCCGGUAAAACAAAAGUGUAAAGUGUGUGGCUAUACGAACCACAAGGCUUCGGAGUGCCGGUAUGCGGAUUUCGUAUGUAGGGAGUGUAACGUCGUAGGCCAUCUACGUAGAAUGUGUACGUCAAAUAAAGUUAACUACGUAGAUAAUGGAGCCGGAGACGAAAACAUCGAUGAUGAUGGUAAGGUAUUUAAAAUUCGUUCGUUGCGGGGUGAACCGAUGGUCGAGACCGUGUUUAUUCAGGGAAUGGCGUUUAAGUUUGAAAUAGAUAGCGGUUCCGCCGUAACGGUGAUACCGGAAAAAUUAUACAAAUCUCAUUUUAAAGAUAUUCCAUUGAUUGUUCCGCAUAAAAGGUUGAUGAGCUACACGGGUGAUAGCAUAACAUGUGUAGGCACAAUCCGGUUACCCGUGUACUAUACUAACCGCUCACACACGCUCGACGUGUACGUCGUCCGGGACGGCGGGCCGCCGCUCCUCGGUAGGGACUUUAUAUCUACAUUCCAAUUAGAGUUAUCGUCAGUUUUAUCAACGGUGAAUUACUGUCAGGGUACCCUUCCCUCCGUGGAAGAACUGCAAUGUCAAUUUCCAGUUCUUUUUUCGGAUAAAUUAGGUCGUUUUACUAAACAUAAGGUGCACUUACAGUUAAAAGAUAAUGCAAAACCAGUUUUCUUUAAAGCGAGACCGAUUGCAUUUGCCCUACGGAAUAAAAUAAAUAAUGAACUAGAUAGAAUGGUUGAGUUAGGGGUAUUAAAACCGGUUGACCACGCAGACUAUGCGUCCCCUAUAGUCCCUGUUUUAAAAAGAAAUGGCACUAUUCGCUUGUGUGCCGAUUACUCGGUUAGUAUUAAUAGGCAAUUAAUUAUCGACCAGUAUCCUCUGCCAACUGCCAAGGAAUUGUUUGCAAAGCUUUACGGUGGAAAAAAUUUCACCAAAUUAGACUUAUCUAUGGCUUAUAACCAAUUUGAGCUGGAUGACGAGUCACAAAGGUACACUGUAAUUAAUACUCAUCGUGGAUUAUACAAGUAUACUAGGCUAGUCUUUGGGCUUGCUCCAGCGCCAGCAAUUUUUCAGCGUGCGAUGGAGGGCCUAAUUGGUGGACAGGAGGGCGUGCUGUGUUUGUUGGAUGACGUGCUCAUUACGGGGCGUGACGACGCCGAGCACGCUGCACGCCUCCGGGCGGUGUUGCAGACCUUACAAGAAGCAGGAUUGACCUUGCAAAGGGAGAAGUGCGAGUUCUAUAAAGAUGAGGUUAACUACUUGGGUUAUGUUAUCAAUAAAAAUGGGUUGAAAAAGUCUCCAGAUAAAAUUAAAGCAAUAGUAGACUCCCCUGCACCAUCAAAUAUAAGCCAACUGCAAUCGUUUUUGGGCCUAGUAAAUUAUUAUCGAAACUUUGUACCAAGUGCAGCGUCUGUUUUAAGCCCACUUUAUAAUCUGCUAAAAAAGGGGGUAAAAUGGUCGUGGGGUCUAGAUCAUCAUGAGGCAUUCACAAAAAUAAAACUGUUAUUAGCUUCAGACCAGCCCACUUCAACCCCGAAGCAAGGCUAA